UCAAAGUCAUCUACAGCAACUGAUGAACCAAAGGCUGGCGAUUCGGCCAGUCCGGCCACUCAAUCAAAUCCCUCAUCUAAGACUAGACACCAAACAACUUCAGUAUCGCAAAAUGUCCUCAGAUUUCAGACAACGCUCCGUAGUCUCGUCCUUCAUCUGCACUUCCCCACAAACUCCGGGAGGUCUGAAAUUCGCGCUGUUCAAGCGCAGUCAAGAUGUAUCUACAUACCGAGGCAAAUGGGCCGCCUGUUCCGGAUCUAUCGACCCAAAGGACUCCAGCCACCUCUCCGCCGCAGUCCGAGAGAUCAGCGAAGAAACCAAGCUCUUAACCAAGGACCUCACUCUCCUCCGCCGGGGCAAGCCAUUCACCCUAACUGACUCAUCACUCCGCACAGAAUGGACGAUCUACCCAUUUCUCUGGCAACUCAAGGACAAUUCAAACGAGUCCCGUAUCUCGCUUGAUUUCGAACACACAGAAUACAGGUUUAUUCGACCCGAAGAGUUAAGCUCAUACGACCACGUCCCUCAACUGGAAGUCGGCAUGACACGGGUCUUAGUGAGUCCCGAAACGGAAGCAGGCAUUAAGGUGUUGAGGGGUGAUAAGGAGAGUGGUGCUCGGGCUCUUGCUUUGAAAGCGGUGCAGAUUCUGCUGGAUACGGUACGAGGAAGUGAGAUGCAGAGGUUACAGUUCAGUACGUCGGUGCAGUUUUGGCGUGAGGUGAGGAUUAGAGCGUGGCAUUUGGCGAAGAAUGGGAGGCCUAGUAUGAGUGCUGCUGUUGAAGCCAAGUUGUUUGGGGCCUUGGAUAUUGUGAGCCGAGAACUACAAGCUUUGGGAGCUGACGGGCUGGAGGAGAUUCCUCUGGCGAAACUGAAGGGUAUGGUUGAUUCAGUGUUGGAGGAAAAUAUCACAGGGGGGAAUCAGAAUCACGGUCUUGAAACGAUCGCGAAUGCCUUCAAGGAGUAUGUGGAAAGGACUGCCAAAGGGAAUAGCCAGAACGACCAGAAUCCCGGAACUUUACUGAAAUCAACGCCAAUCAAAAUUAUAACCCUCUCAUCCUCAGGAACAACCCAUGCCUGUCUCACGACCCUCGUAUCUGCCUUCUCCUCUUCUCAAACUCCACCCCUGAAACUAAUAAUCGCAUUCCUCGAAUCCCGCCCCACCUUCGAAGGUGCCUCAGCAGCCACCUCCCUCCUCAACACUCUCUCCACUACCUCCACACCCAACCACCACGUUGACAUCGAGAUCAUCUCCGACGCCAGUAUCGCAACAGCCGCUAUAGAUGCAGACUUCAUCCUCUUAGGCGGCGAUAAAGUCCUCCCCAACGGAAACGUGAGUAACAAAAUCGGCAGCUGUGCCUUAGCUGUUACAGCAAAAGCAUUAAACGCGGGGUGCAAGGUUGUGGCGGUGUUUGAGACGGGUAAGAUUACUGCCGGAGUGGAGCAGGAAGAGGGGGAGGAGAAUGAUGAGGCUGAGAUUACAAGGUCGUGGCCGGAUGAGGUUGUUGCGAGGUUAAAGAAGAUAAGGAAGGGGGGUGUUAGCAAUAGGGAUGGGGAGGAAAGGGUGAAGGUAAAUGUAAAGGUGCGGAAUAACUAUUUUGAGUGGGUUCCUGCGAGGUUUAUUGAUAUGUAUAUUACGGAGAGGGGGGUCUUGUCCAGAGAGAAGAUAAGAAGACUUGGGUUGGAAGCGGCAAAGUUAGAGGAAAGAGUUUUUGGUGAUUUGUAAGUUAGGAGUUUUUAAUACCACGCACUCGUCUAAAUAGACAGGACAUCGGCAAGGCUUUAUCAUAGAGAAAUAUAACAACAGCAAACUAUGUUUACAAUAGA